UAUAGCUGUCUAGCUGUCACCUCAACAACACAGCAACAACCUGGUUCUACAGUGUUACAUCUGAGGAGACCAGUGAAUAACAGAUACUAUGGAACUCUCUGAUGCUCUGUGUGGCUGUUCGUCCUCUGGUUCUACCCCCCAGGGAAGCAACAGCAUCUGGCCCAGCCAGAACCAAACAGGGGGUCCUGCCUGGCCGGCACAGCCCACCCAGCCCCCAUCUUGCUGGCCUGGGCAACCCAACACCCCCUGCUGGCCUGGGCCACAACCAUCCCAACCAGCCCCAGCUUCAGCCCAAAACUGGCCUGGUCCCCAACCACAACCACCCCAACCAGCCCCAUCCCAUCCCUGCCAGCCAUGCUGGCCUGGACCCCAGCCUCCCCAAUUCCAGCCCCAGCCUUCCCAACCCCAGCCGCAGCCCCAACCUCAGCCUGCACCCCAGCCUUUUCAACCUACAGCUUCAGCCCCGGCUUCUUCCCAAGUCCCCAGCCAGUCUAGUGCCCCAAGGUGGCCGGUUACCCAAGGCCUUAUCCCAGGUGUUAACCCAGGUUCUGGAUGGCCUUUCAGCCCUGGUCAGUCUGGUUGGCCUGGUCAGAAUCCAGGUGGCUUUACACCUGCUCCACAGUGGACUCCAACGCCAGCUGGACGUCUGAGCGUGCCCUACAACCUGAACCUACAAAGAGGCAUCUACGACAAGAUGAUGAUCACCAUCAUGGGCCGGAUCAAACCAAAUGCUAAGCAGUUCACAGUGAACUUUGUGCGAGGUAAUGACAUUGCCUUCCACCUCAACCCUCGGUUCAACGACGGGGGCAAGCAGGCAGUGGUGAGGAACACCAUGGUGGGAGAGCGCUGGGGGAAGGAGGAGAGGCACACACAGGGAGGCUUCCCCUUCAUGGCUGGACAGUCCUUCGAGAUGAAGAUUCUGGUUUCGUUUGAGGAGUUCAAGGUGGCUGUGAACGGAGCUCAGCUGUUUGAGUUCAAACACCGCGUCAGAGAACUCAACCAGAUCGAUCGCAUCAACAUCCUCCAGGAUGUCAUCCUCACCUACGUCAACGUAGACACAAUACCAUGACACCCACACCCAUGACAUCACUAUACAGCAUAUAACACCCAGCAUGUGCUAAAUACAUACAAUUCAUUAUUUGCACCUGUUUCAUGAUGAUGAUGAUGAUGAUGAUGAGCUGUGCUCAUUUUGUGGUGCACACACAGUACUGCAUUAAUGCCCACUAACUCUGUCCAUGUGCAAAUAUACGUGAUCUUAGGACAACAAAACAACUGCUGCAAUGUUCUUUACUGUGACACGUUGCUUUCAUCAAGAGAAAAGUCAACUGUUUCCAGCAAUCAGCAAAUAUAAGAGCACAAAAUUGUAAGCGGCUCUAUCCAUUCCAAAUCAUGCAUAAUACAAGGAAAGAGCUAAGCAAUGGGGACCGUCUAUUUUUAAAUGCUUUUUUAAACUCAUCAUCUCCAACAUUGUGAGCAUCCAUUACAGAGCUUUGCUUUGGUGUAGUUUGAGGCCUCUCCAUUCACAUCAGUUGUGUUCUUCUACUGAAUUCUCUUUUCCUGAUGUCUGUUGGGGAUUCUUUUUUCUGCUUGCCAAUGCAAAGUCUACAAACCUACCGUGUAAGAGCAGACCGACCUACGUAUUGAAUAGGCCUACAUGGGAAGAAUCCUGCACAACGUGCACAUUUCGCAUUUCAUUUUUGAUCAUGAACAAGUAUUUGAUUUGAUGUGUAUGAAAAUGAUUGGUGACAUAUGCAUAAAAGGUGAGUAAUUUACCAUAAUUUGUAAACCUUUUGAUAGUUGAUUUUCCGAUUUUGAUAGUUUAGCGACCGCAAAGACGUUAAUGAAAUGAUUAAGUGGGAUAUUUUUCAAGGCAUACUUCUAGUCAGCUUGACUCUAGAGAUAUGCAUGUAUAGUUCUUAUGACUCUUUAUGCAGGCAGUUAUGUCCUUUUGAUUUAUUUGAUGUUUUGAGAAGGCAACUCCAUUUUCAAAAUGCAUUUACUGUUUUGAAGAAGGCCACAGAGUUCUGAGACUUGUGUACACUGAAUAUUUUCCCGAUAAAAUACAGCUGGCAAUACAGUGGGGCAAAAAAGUAUUUAGUCAGCCACCAAUUGUGCAAG